AAUGUUUAGCCAUGCUAAAUACACAAUAACAUACAUAUGCAAUUCACUUUAUUCAUAAAUACUUGAACAGUAUAAAUGACUUGAACAGUAUAAAUGACUUGUGUCACAUAUUGUGGUCUAUUAAAGGGACAGACCCUAGUUUUUAAAUAGUACGGCAUAUUUUUCACUAUUAAAGCAGUUUAUGACAACUGAAAUCAAACAUUACUUAUAUUUCAUUGUUUAGAUUAUCAACUUCCAUACAACUGAAAUGUUUUCCACAAAAUGCAUUUUUCAUAAUUUUAUAAACGCACGUGCGUCUGACAAGUAACAUUCAUGGAGUUGAUUUUUAGUCUAUGUUUAACGGUACUUCACCGUUUCAACUUUACAGAGUCUUGUUUCACUCUCUUGUAACGUUAUCUAAAUAUAUGUAUGUCAAUUUUUACAGGUUGAAACUAGGGUCUGAGCCUUUAACACAUAUACAAUAAAAAUGUAACAAAAAAUGAUAGGAAUUGCCCCUUGCUUUUAUAGACACAUACUCCGCCAUAAUAAUAUAUUAUAUAUUUUUUAUUGCAGAAUUUCCAUGGAUACAUCUUUUGUCGAUGCCGGAGCUGUAUAUGAUGACAAGGACAUCACAUACAGGCCUGAACUCAACAUCUCCUUAGAGUGAGUGUUCUUGGACAAACAAAAUAUAUCACCUGCAAUGUUUUAUGUGCUAAGUCUUCCAUUCAUUGAUUUCCUUUUUAAGUUCACUUAACUUUGAUGGUUUACAGGGUUGUAAAGUUACUUUAUGAUACUAAUUUCUGUCUUAAAGCAAUGUAAAUCACAAAACUAAGACUUUUCAGCAAUAAAUCCUGUGUAAACAUAUUGGUCACCUUUUACAAGGCUUUUUUAAUAAAGUAUUAAAUGUUUAAAAUCUUUAAUUUUGUUUAACAAGUAUUGGGAAUGAAAUGUUAGAACUAAAAAUAUGGUAGCGAACAAAUCGACUAGACAUUUUAACAUGGAUUACAACUAAUUUUGAGGGUAAAAUGAAGGAAAUACAUGUACAUGGUGAAAAUGUCUUAGGUUAGCACAUUUUGACUGAAUAUCUCUAUGAUUUUUGCCAAAAUUUGAGGUUUUGCUCUAUCACUAGGGGGCCAUGUGCACCCCUGUCCCCUUGUCUCAUACGCUUAUGGUAGACAACCUGAGAUUGGCAGAGAGGACACAUAUAGCUGUUUGGUAGUAAUGCUAAUAUCAAUAAAUGUUGUUAUAUGCAGAUUCGGGUAUUUUUGUUUAAUUUGGGCAAAAAAUAGCCUCUACCCCCCUUACAGAAAUGGGACCCUGUACGCCUAUGUUAUCAAUGGCUACUAGAUUAAUAUUUUGUUGUUUGUUUACAUACAGACCAUCGAAAGAAUGAAGCGAGUGAAGAUGUUGAAAUCGCAGACCUUGUGUUUGACAUUACUUCACAAGAAGAGGCAGAGAAAGAUGAUACCUUUAUAGAGGGAUCCAGCAUUCCAGUGAAAAGAACAGUAGACCGGGAUGAUACAACUGAGAAAACAUUUAUUUGUUACAUGUCAUGUCUACUGGAUCUUGCAGCACUGCAGGUGAAGAAAGUGUGCUCUCAAAAAGACUGUACAAGUGAUGUCACCGUAAAAGGUCAGAUCGACAGUACAGCACUUGUCCUAAAAUGGGUAUGUGAUUGGAAUUGUACAAUAUACAUUGUAAUUAUCUCAAUCAGUCUUUUCUGUCUGUGUAACUGAUUGUUUGUAAAUAGUCCGGUUCAAUUUAGUAUGAGAAUACUGCUGGGUAUCAACAGUGUGCAUGUUAGAAAUAAUUCUACCAAAUAACUAUUAUUUUUAUAUUUAUUUUUAAAAUAAUAGGCUGGAUCUACCUCACAUUGUAAGAGUUUGCCAGGAGUGAUUUGUUGCAAAAUUGAAACCCCUUGAUGGACCCAUUCUUUGAUUGGAUUCCAACCCACCCACAGCUGAUAUGUCAGAGGCUGUUUUGUCUGGUAAUGGAAAAAUGUGACGGGUUACUUCUAAGAUUAUAUGUCAGAUUUAGCAAAUGUUUCACAUCUAGUAGCCAAUGAUGAACAAAUUGUGUCAUAAAACAAAACAAACUUGUUUUCUUAGUGUUUUGCAUUAUAUUAUACAACUGUCCAAUAGUAUAUUUGGAAUAUGAUAUUCACUUUCAAAAUUUCUUUUAAAAAAUCCUAUAUAUAAAAUUCAUAUUGAUAUGUUUUUUUUGGGGUGGGCAACAGCUCUGCAAUACAAUAUCAGGUAAACUAAAGCCUAUGGCAUGUGUUGUCUUGUAUGCGUCACAGUGCAUAAAAUAUCACUUGUCAAUUGAUACAAAUCAAAUACAGUAUCAUGUAGGUGCUGCUUUUGUGUGUUUAAAGUAAGAGUAAACACUACUUCCCUGUUGUUGCUUUUAACUGAAGUGGGUACAAUGUAGUAUAAUAGUGCCACUUCACUAUCUUAUUUAAAAAUUUAGUAAUGGAAUAUCAUAAUUUAUAAGUCCAUUUUUAAUUUUAGAUUUGUGUAGAUGGCCACGAGAUGAACAGAUGGUGUUCACAACCUUUGCUGACAAGAGGUGCCUUGCAGGGCAAUAUACUGCUUUCGUCAGCGAUAGUUCUUUCCGGAAAUAACUACACCAAAAUAGCCCUAAUGUGCAAGUUCCUCAAUUUAGGCAUGGUGUCAAGCUCCACAUUUCAUAGGAUUCAAAGUCACUAUAUCAUCCCAGCUGUCACAACAUAUUGGGAAGCUACACAUCGUGAUGUUAUUGAAAGUGUUCAAGGGAAAGAUGUAAUUAUUGCAGGUAAGAAAAACCCUGAUAGGCACUUAAUUAUUCAAAUAUUUAGAUGUACUAACAACAUGUUGUUGUUUUUUUAAUCUAUUCUUUUAUGAGCAGUGUCCUCAAUUCUGGUCCAAUUCAGAGCUCAUCAGAGUAAUUAAAUAUUUACUGUGGACCAACUUACAUUACCAAUCUAAACAAAUGAAGUGCAUGUAUAAAUAUUUUGUUCUUAUUGUUGCUUCAAUUUGUACAGGUGAUGGCAGGAACGACAGCCCAGGAUACUGUGCAAAAUACUGCACGUAUAUCAUGAUGGACAACAACAGUAAACAUAUCCUGGGCAUGGUUGUGGUGGAUAAGCGAGAAACUGAACUGAAUUCCGUCAAAAUGAAACCUAAGGCAUUUGAAACCAUCAUACCUAACAUUGCAUGUCGUAUUUCUAAAUUAUUUGGUGUGAGAAAUUUAUAUAUAAAUUAUGUAUACAUUACAUUUUUAACAGAGAAACAGUAUCCAAACAUAAAACACAGCUAUGACAUGUGGCAUGGUAGCAAGAAUCUUGGGAAGAAGUUGGCAAUGGUAUUCAAUUUGAGUGAUUCGGACCUAGAAACACUAAACAAUCACAUCCUGAUGUAUGCUGCAAAACGAUUUGCUUACAGUUAUCCUUCAUUCCAAGCCCGAAACUACUUGGCAGCCAUCGAUUAUGAGAAACAUCUGGAUAGCCCACACAUGAAAACCAGAACUGGCGUAUUGAGUUAUAAAUGUGAUUGUUUCAGGUACCACAGGGCAUACUCAAAACAUAGUAAACAUUGGCGUGUGUGGCCCAGAAAAGUGGAAAAAGAGUACAACUAUAUCCCAGACAUCAUGAUGAUGAUUCUAAAUCUGUACUUUGAUGACAAAGCCGUGAGAAUCAGUGUGGAGAUGUCGGAAACAGAUCCAAGAAGAAUCGUCUCCACAAUUGCACCCAUUGCCCCUCCGCCAACAUCAAAAAUUGUGGCAGUACAGAAAUCUCGGUUCGAGUCAAAACACUAAAGACAAUCUUGCAAACAUUAGGGGAAAAAAAGCCAGAAAGACUUUAAGCUAUGCCCCCUCCCCAGUGAGGGUUUCUGCCAGAGGGUAAAAUGGGUAUGGUGCCAUACCAAAAACUGUUUUGCAGAUUGUUUUUGGUUUUAAGUUGACCUUUUAACAAAAUUAAUGACUCUUUUCAUUAUUGUAUGAUUUUAUUAAUCCUAACCGUAAACCAUUUUUCUUUCUGGGGGUGGCCCCCCCAUACCCCUUUCAUUCAGCACACAUUGUAAAUAUUCAGUUUCAUAGCGCCAUACCCAAAAAUUUAUUUCUGGCAAAAACACUACCCUCCGGUACCAUUACCCUCCCAAUACCAUUUAUUUAAUUUUUUCUGCAAGUGGGUUGAUUAUUCAGUGUUCAAAUUCAACAAAAAGCAGUGGUAUAAUUUUAAAAAAAAACCUAACAAAUAAAUAACUUUUACUUAUGUAUAAAACUUUUACUUAGCCAAAAGGUGCUAUUAAGUGUUUCCAUUGCAGACUGACUUUUUCACUAAUGUUGACGUUCUACCUUUAUGGUAAAAUUUAUUAAUGAAGACGUUUUUAAUGGUUAAUAA